AAAAAUUCUAUUUAUAGUUAGUGAAAAAAUCCUAUUAAUUGUCUUUCUCAUCUUCUAAUUCCCGCUUGUUCGGUAAAAACUGAACUUUACGGAAUUCCCCUGUAACGCUUUCUUCACUGUAUCGCCAUCUUCCUCUUCUUCACACUCAAAAACCAUAACAGAAGUAAAAAAAUCAGCAAUGGCGUCGAGAAAGAUGCUAAUUGAUGGCGAAGACAUCCAGUUCAAUGUUGAUGAAACUACUCAUUUCGAUUUUGAUUUAUUCGUUAUUGGUGCCGGAAGCGGCGGUGUUCGUGCUGCUAGAUUUUCUGCCAAUUUUGGUGCUAAGGUUGGAAUUUGCGAGCUUCCGUUUCAUCCCAUUAGUUCCGAGGUUAUUGGAGGAGUUGGUGGAACAUGCGUCAUUCGUGGCUGUGUUCCUAAAAAAAUUUUGGUGUAUGGGGCCACAUAUGGUGGUGAACUUGAGGAUGCAAGAAACUAUGGUUGGGAAUUGAAUGAGAAGAUUGACUUCAAUUGGAAAAAGCUCCUGCAGAAGAAGACAGAUGAGAUUCUUAGACUUAACAAUAUAUACAAACGAUUGUUGUCGAAUUCUGGGGUUAAACUAUAUGAAGGAGAGGGAAAAGUAGUUGGUCCAAAUGAGGUGCAAGUGACUCAGCUAGAUGGUACAAAGUUGUCAUAUACAACAAAGAACAUAUUGAUUGCAACCGGAAGCCGAGCACAACGUCCUAAUAUUCCUGGGCAGGAAUUGGCCAUAACAUCUGAUGAGGCUUUGAGUUUAGAGGAUUUUCCCAAACGUGCUGUGAUACUUGGGGGAGGGUACAUUGCUGUUGAAUUUGCUUCUAUAUGGCGAGGGAUGGGUGCCACUGUGGACCUCCUCUUCAGAAAGGAGCUGCCCUUGAGAGGCUUUGAUGAUGAAAUGAGGGCUGCUGUUGCUAGAAAUUUGGAAGGCAGGGGAAUUCUUGUGCACCCAAGGGCAACAUUGACAAAGCUGGUAAAAACUGAUGGAGGUGUAAAAGUUCUCACUGACCACGGUGAAGAAAUUGAAGCAGAUGUUGUGCUCUUUGCCACUGGUCGUUCUCCAAAUACGAAGAGACUGAAUCUCGAAGCUGUAGGUGUAGAACUUGAUCGAAUUGGAGCCGUGAAGGUUGACGAGUAUUCAAGAACAAGUGUACCCACUAUAUGGGCUAUUGGUGAUGUUACAAACCGAAUGAACCUUACUCCUGUGGCUUUGAUGGAAGGAACUUGUUUUGCUAAAAAUGUGUUUGGAGGCCAGGACAGCAAACCAGACUACAGCCAUAUACCUUGUGCUGUGUUCAGCAUACCACCUUUAGCCGUGGUAGGUCUCAGUGAAGAACAAGCUAUUGAGCAAGCAAAGGGUGAUAUUUUGGUGUUCACAUCAUCAUUCAAUCCAAUGAAGAAUACUAUUUCUCAGAGACAAGAAAAGACUAUCAUGAAGCUUGUUGUGGAUGCUGAGACGGAUAAGGUUCUUGGAGCAUCCAUGUGUGGCCCAGAUGCCCCUGAAAUUAUGCAGGGAAUCGCUAUAGCACUGAAAUGUGGAGCCACCAAGGCACAGUUUGAUAGUACGGUCGGAAUACAUCCUUCAGCGGCUGAAGAGUUUGUGACAAUGAGGGAAGCUACUAGGCGAGUUGCUGGUGCUCGCAAACCCAAGACAAGUCUUUGAAAUUGAAGUACUAUACUGCAUGUAUUGUUCUCCAUCUUCUAUUCCACACUUGUCAUAGAAAUUUAAAACGAGUAGUGGACCAUCAAGAAAACAAUAUUACAGACGAGAGACCAAAGUUUGGUUUCCAGAGUUUCUCUCUGUCUCUUAGGCCACUAGUUUUGGUGGAUUAUUCUCAGUUAUUUUUCCUAUUUUAAAUAAUGUAAUUAUCGUUUGUAUUAAAAUUCAAAUUUUAUUAAUAUGUGAAAACUAUGAAGCACCUCAUUUAAAGCA